AUGGAAUGCGAAACUCCAGCAACCGAGACUGCGAAGAAUACAACGGAUGAUGCUGUGGCGAUUUCUGAAUGCAAACAAAAUGAAGAGCCGUCAAAGGUUGCUGAACUUCAAGAGCAGUCGUUUAUAGGCGCUGGAGACAUCUGUUCCGAGACGGAUCUUCAAAAAAACACUAACACAGCUCAGAAACCCGACGUAGAAAUCGGCGAUCAAGCGCCUGUGCCAAAGGACAAAUCGCUUGCUGACGAUAAUUCGAAAACCGGCAGCGACGAAUCUACAGUAUCAAAUUUAAAAGACGAAGUCAAGAAAGCGAUCGUGGAACGAGAUACCUAUCGUAAAAAGCUAGAAAUUACUGAAAAGAAGCUAGGCGCGCUGCAAGCGUCAUACGAUGCCUUGUUAAAGGGCGAAGGCGAGGAAGUCUUGCUUCGACGUAUGGUGGAUCAAUUAAAGGCUAAGCUGAUCCAGACCUCGUUGCAAUUAGAGGACCGAAUCCGUGUUGUCUGCAAUCAGGAGAAACAAAUCAGCGCAUUGAAUAGUCAAGUGGCUUCGCUAAAAGAAGUCGAAACUCUCACAAGGAGUCUUUUGCAAAUCCGCAACCUGGAAGUUAAACAGCUGCAGAAAGAAGUUGAGGACAUGGAAGGGCAGAUCUCCGAAGAACGGGGUCGUUAUACUACUAUAAUAAAUAAACUGGACAACGCGGUGAAACUGAACGCGGAUCUGAAGGAGGAAUACGAAACGCAGCUAGGUCUUUUCCGAGAUCUUCGGGAAAAAUACGAAGAAAAAGUGACGCUGCUGUCGGAGGAGAAACGAGCCCUUGAAAAUAGCGUGCAAGCUGUUCCUAAAUAA